UUCUCCUUUCUUCUUCCACUCUUCUUGAGAUGAUUUCAUUAGUUUCACAGAAGAAGAGAAUAGGAGUAAACUAGAAGAAUCAAGGGAGAAAACAAAUUUUGGCUUAUUUUCGAAAGCCUAUGAAGUAGGAUGGCUUCUUCUUCUUCUUCUUCCACUACUUUUGCAGCGAGGGAGCAUGAUGUAUUCCUCAGUUUCUGUGGCGAGGACACCCGCUACACUUUUAUCAGCACUUUACAUGGAGUUUUCAAGCAGCGAAGUAUAAAUGUUUUUGUUGAUGAUGGACUUAAUAGAGGAGAGGAGAUUUCGCCAUCUCUUAUGAAUGCAAUUGAAGAAUCAACGAUUUCAGUUAUUACUUUCUCGAAUGGUUAUGCAUCUUCAAGAUGGUGUCUUGAUGAACUUGUGAACAUCAUGGAGUGCAAGGAAACGCAUAAACAGGCCGUAAUCCCAGUUUUCUAUCACAUAGAUCCAACCGAUGUAAGGAAUCAAACUGGAACUUUUGGGGAUGGAUUUGCUAAGCUUGUAGAAAGUUUUGAUGAGGAGAAGUUAGAGAAGCUACAAAUGACUGAAGAACAAUUUAAAGAUAAGGUGGAGAAAUGGAAGAAGGCUUUGACAAGCGCAGCUAAUCUAUCCGGCUGGACAUCAAAAGUUGAACCGUAAUUUUCUACUCUGUCUGAUUAUCCUCUUGUUAUGAAAGUUCUCGAAGAUAUUUUGAACAUCUUAAAGUUCAUGUCCCCAAGUAAUAGUGACAAGAAAUUGGUUGGAGUAGAACGAAUAAUUCGCGAAAUUGGAUCUUUAUUGAAAAUUUGGCGGGGAAAUGUUAUUAGUGUAGGAAUAUGGGGAAUGUCUGGUAUAGGCAAGACAACUAUUGCAAAAAGUGUAUUCAACAAAUUCAGGGGACGGUUUGAAGGUUCAUACUUUGCUGAAAAUAUUAGGAAAAAAAUCAGCAAGUCCUUAUGGACUAUGUCCAAUGCGACAAGAACUUUUUUCUACUAUAUUGAAGCAUCCUAUCAGCUUCACAAAAGGAAGGCUUAGUCAUAAAAGAGUUUUCAUUGUUUUUGAUGAUGUGACUACUAUAGAGCAAGUAGAAUCUUUAAUUGAUGAUAUUGAACAGCUGGGUUCAGGAAGUCGAAUUAUUAUAACAACAACAAACAAACAAGUGCUUCGAAAUUGUGGAGUGGAUGACAUUAAUAUAUACGAGAUGAAGGGGCUAUUUGGGAAUGAUGCUCUUCAACUUUUUAGUUGGUAUGCUUUUCGACAAAAUCGUCCCAAUAUAGAUUAUGAUGACUUGUCAAAUAGGGUAGUAAAAUAUACCAGAGGUGUUCCAUUAGCUAUUAAAGUGUUAGGUUGUUACUUUUUUGGCAAGUCGAAACAAGUUUGGGAAAGUGCAUUAAAAAAGUUCGAAAGAAUUCUUCAUGAGGAUAUUUACAAGGUGCUGAAAAUAAGUUAUGACGGACUAAAUGAUGUUGAGUAGUGCAUAUUUCUAGAUAUUGCAUGUUUCCUUGAGGGGGAGACUAAAGAUUUUGUGGUAAACUUUUCGGACGCUGAUGACGAGGAGGUUGAAAUUGCAUUAAUUGAUCUCACUGAUAAGUGUCUCAUAACUAUAUCAGAGGAUAACAAAAUAAUGGUGCAUGAUUUGCUUCAAGAAAUGGGUUGGGAAAUUGUCAGACAAGAAUCUACGAGAGAUCCUGGUAAACGUAACCGUUUAUGGUAUCAUGAAGAUAUCUAUAGAGUAUUGGAAGAAAAUGAGCUUCAUAAAUUGAAACAUAUCGAUCUCAGUUUCUCUAAAUAUCUAAGAAUUCAAGAUCUCUCGUUGGCCCCAAAUCUUGAAAAUUUGAUUUUAGAGAGUUGUACAAGUUUGUGUGAGAUUACCUCAUCCGUUGAUGGUCUCAAUUAUAAGCUCCUUAUCUUAAAUCUAAGGCAUUGUAAAAGCCUUGACAGUCUUCCGACAGACAUUCGUCUAGAAUCUGUUGAAAAAGUAAUCUUUUCUGGCUGUUCAAAUCUUAAGAAGUUUCCACAAAUCUCCUGGAAUAUGAAAGAAUUAUAUUUAGAUGAAACUGCAAUAGAGAAGUUGCCGUCGUCAAUAGAGAAUUUAUCCAGACUAGUUAUAUUGAAUCUUAAAGACUGCUCAAUGCUUGAGAGGGUUCCAAGCAACAUCUGCAAGUUAAGAUCUCUUGAACAUCUCAAUCUCUCAGGGUGUUCAAAACUUGGAGGUUUGCUUGAUAACUUGAGAAAUUUAACAGCUUCGAGGGUGCUUAAAGCGGUGAGGGUUGCCGCUACAAGAGAAGCACCGAUAUCCAUUCCAUAUUUGCGCCGUCUAGAAAAAUUAGAUCUGACCAACUGUUUUAUUAAGGAGUUACCGGACAAUCUUGGUCAGUUAUCCUCACUGCAAAGCUUACUUCUUGGCAGAAACUUCUUUGAGAGCAUUCCAAGUAUUGCAGCGCUUUAUAAGUUGUCUUAUCUUGACCUAAGCUAUUGCGAGAGGCUUCAAGUCCUACCAGAGCUUCCACGUAAUUUAAGAAAUAUAGAUGCAUACAAUUGCACAGCAUUGGGAGUAUCAUCAAGUUUUUCAAUUUUCUUCGAGAAUUUGAAUUUUUUUUACCACGGCGCAAGAAUUAACUUGAGCAAUUGCUUGAAUCUGGAUCAAGACGCCAUCAGUGAAUUUUUUAACGGUAUUCUACAGCUAGAAAAGCGUACUUUAAAGAUGUAUGGAAUUAUGCGAAACAACAACACUGGUUGUGUCUGUUUUCCUGGAUCGGAAAUCCCAGAGUUGUUUGUCUUUCAAAGGAAAGAAUCUUUUAUAACUCUGGAAAAACAAGAAAUUCUUGGCGAUAAUUCCUUGUCUUCUCUUCUCGUCUGUGUUGUUGUGGAGUUUCGAAACUAUCAUAAUGAAGGCCAAGGUUUGGUGGUUGUCUUUGAGUGCUUGCUCACAAGAGAAGAUGGUACAAUCGAUAUGUUCCGUGGAACUUUGAGGGGAUGGAACUAUGGUAAUGGACCUGACAAUGUGGACUCAGAACACGUAUUCCUGGGAUAUGAUUCUUAUUCUAACUUCUCUGAUUUGUACAAUAUUAAUCAUCACAAAUAUCGUAAGAUGACCAUCCGAUUUUAUGUUGAGAAUCUUACUAAGAGAUUAGGUUGUUGCAACGUGAAAAAGUGUGGAGUUUUGUGUCGAAACGAUCUCUUUUAAGUUUUAUCUAGACGUGGCAAAAUGGCCUGCUACCGCCCGGUCGAUCCAUACUCGUGGAAAAGAUAUAGUGUCCGGGUUUAUGGAUGUAAACCCUUUGUAAGACCCUUACCCGGUUCUGCCCAUUUAUUUUGCGGGCGGGUCUGGUAUACCUGCAGGUAGCCGUUAAAAUAAAAUUAAAAAACCCCUCCUGUCCUUUAAGUGCAAAACCAGACCUAAAUGCCUAAUCGAUUUUUAACUUCUCUCUCCACGACUCCACAGUCCACUCCACGGUCUCCACCUUCGAGUUCGAUACUUCAUGUUCCCCUUCUACCUUCGGUCACUGGUGUUUCUAGCUAACGACGUUUCCAUUCUGGCGGCACUGAUUCUAGCACUCUCCGUCACAACUCACAAGCGGCAGGUAAGCAAAAUCAUUCUCUUUCUAUCCUUCUUUUUAAUCUCAUAUUAUCCUCUUGUUCCGUAUGCAGUUAUUGCAGUAACUAGUUAACACCAUAAAUCUUCAUCUUUUUACAUGGAAAAGAUGGAUUUUUUCAUGUUCUAUAUCCUCUGCAUUUGAGUUUACAGAAAGUAAAUUUUCUUUUUUAAUUUCUCUGGCCGUUAACUUUUCUGUAUUUUCUUUAAGUAUUCAACUGGCUUGGUGUUUGGGUUUGUGAAGAAUGAAUAUUGAAUAUUGAAGAAUAAAAUGUGAUGUAAUUAGUAGGCAGUGGAGUUUGGAGAAGGUUGAGUUGUCUUGAAUUUUCAUUUUAUUUACGUUGGUGGUGGUGAGGCAUCAUUGGAUUCAUAACUUGGUGUUUGGUGUUAGUAAGUCAACCCAAAUUUAAUUCAGCUCUGUCUCUCUAUUUUUUUUAUUUCCUCAAUUGGUUUCUUUUGAGCUUCCUUAAUAUCCUGUUACUUUCUUUAAGUUUCAGUCUUUGUUGUAUCAUUUAAUUCAUUUCUCACUGUUAACUUUGUUUGAUUUUCGGUAAUUGGUCUCUAGUAUGUUUCAAUAUCUUAAGUUUGGCUUUUUUGAGUUGGGUUUCAAUAUCCUGCAACUUAAUUGCGGUUAUUGCCGGUUUAAGCAAUUUUUAAGAAUGCAUCUUUUCUUUUUUUCUUUUUUACUUUACAAAUUGGUUGAUUACUUAGGAUAAUCAUUUUGUGGCAUUUACUGGUUUGUGAAAUUUCACAGUUUUAAUUUACAGCCUGAAAUGUCAAGUUGUUGGCAAUAUUAGCAGUUUGUGGCUAGUGUCCUGCUAAACUUGUGUGCCUUUGUGUUUUAGUAUAAUUGGGCAUUAAGACUUAGUUAUCACUUGCUGGUUGAAAUUUAAGCUUAAUGUUUCUGACUUUCUAAUUUAUCUAAUUUAUCCCUGAUGCUGAUUUUGCGGAUUCCUUUUCAAAGUAUUAUAGUUAAUUUGUUGUUAGACUUUUACAGAUAGCUAGAGCUUUGCAUAUGUUGGUUAAAUCCACACUUAGAGAGACAAAGGUGCCAAGAAAAGGAGAAGCUAUUUGUUCUUAAUCAAUAAAUUAAUAUGCAAUAGGGAUUAAAAUAUUAGGGCUGAGGUGGGCUCCAUUUCUCUUUAGAUCAAUACUUUACCAUUAGAAUGUUGUAUGCAAGUAACUAGGCAGCAUUGUUUUAAAACCUGACCCGUUGUGAGACCCGGUAAAGUGACCGGGUCAUAGGUCGACCGGUUGGACUGUCAGCAAUAAUUUAGCAAAUUAAUCCCUGAAAUUUUAGUAUAUUACAAAAUACCCCUAAAAUUUUUAAGUUAUUCCCUAAAAUUUUUAUUUAUUUAAAAAUGCCCCAAAAAUUACCAAUCCCUAAACUUUUGAUAUAUCUCCAAAACACCCGUAAAUUAGUCCCUAUAAAUUUGAAAUAUUACAAAAACCCCCCUAAAACUUGAACUAGGCUGGAGAAGCUGUCGGGUCCCAAUCUGACUGGCCGGUCCGGUUUGGGUUUUAAAACAGUCCUAGGCAGUAAUUAUAUAUUAGGAAUACAUUAACGUCAUGUGAAGAGGGUCCUUUAUGUUGCUAAAACUCUUGAUCCUUUUGAGAGUCAUUUUUAUUUUAGCCACAAAAUUGUGUUAAACGCCUUUUCUAACCUUAUUAUUUAAUUAAUUUUGUAUCAAAUUAUUGUAGCGUAAUUAUCAUCCCACAAGGUCAUUAAUUUAAAUUACAUUGUUGAUUGAUCAUUUUAUGUUUUAGAAUCUCGUAUCUUGAAGGAAAUAUAUGUAUUUAUAUGAUACCAAACUUACAUGAUUAGAAAAAACACAUUUUCAUUAUUAAAAUCAACUUCAACUUUUGUUGUAAAUGUAAGUCACUAAUUUUUGGCAUCCCAUCAUAACAAAAUCAUUGGCGUUGAUACUCUUUUUAAGAUUAGGAUAAAUUAAUGUAAUUAAUCUGUUCAGGACUAAACCAUAAUAUUUUAUAUGUUUUAUUAU